AAAACUUGACAAUAGUGAUGUUUAGCCAAUUAUCGCUGCUCUUACGAAAACGACAUUCCGAUUCGUCACUAGUCUGAACCUAACCCUAUUGUUUUUUGCUGAUUGGUGGAGCGGUGUGUCGCUCCUAGAUGUGACGGGAGGUGUGUGGCGCAUUAGGAUUUUCCUGUGGUAGGCUGUGCACACACUUUGAUCAUCAUGGCGGAGGUUGCUGGAGGGGAUAACGACAGUAACACAGAAACCGACUGUACAGCUCCUAAAGAGAAGGCUGCAACUACGGAAGAUGCAGCCUUGAAAAGUGAGACGGGCGGGGAGAGCGAUGACGAUGAAGUAGAAGACGUGUAUGAAGUAGAGAGUAUACUUGACUCCAAGUUUGAAGAGGGUGAAACACUUUACCGUGUUCGAUGGAAAGGAUACGAUUCUGAUGGAGAUACCUGGGAACCUGAGGCCCAUCUUGAAGACUGUAAAGAGGUUUUACUUGCAUUUAAGAAAAAUCUAACUGAAAAUAAGCAAAAAGCACAGAAGAAGGAAUUACCGAAAUUAUCUUCAAGUGAUCUAUUUGAUGCAGACUCUGAUAGUGAAUUCGAGCAAAAGGAUUCAUCUCCUCAAAAAAAGAAAAAAAAAUCAAGAGAUGAUGAUAACCAAUCACAAGAAGAGGUUAAAAAAAAGAAGAAAUCUAAGUCUGAAAAGCCCAAAGAAAAAUACAAGUCUGAUGCUGAAUCAUCUGGGAAUCAGUCUCCUGAAUCCAAACCAAAGAAACGAACCUCUGAUGGCAAAGAAGAUUUAAACCACAAAAAGCAAAAAAAAGAUGAGUUAAAGGAAUUCAAGAAAAUAAAGAGAGAUGAUUCUAAAGAAACAAAAUUAAGAGGGAAAGAAGAAUACAAAGAGAAGGAGAAAAAGACAAAAAAGGAAAAACUGAAAGAACCGGAACAACCAGUAAAAGACAGCCCAGUUUCUCUAGAGCCAGUAGUAGAAACCACUAAUACAAGUCAUGAAAUGUUACCUGAAGAUAAAAACAAAGUUGACCAAGAUAAAGAUGGUAAUAAAGAAAAAGAUAUGGAUUUUGGUUUGCCAGAAGAUCAUCUUUCCGAUUCGUUGGUUAUAGAUGAGGAUGCAGAGGAAGAAAAGAUGAAAAAGAAGAAAAAGAAACAUAAGAAAAUGAAAAAUGAAAAAGAAAGAGUGACAUUACCUGAUGAAAUUCAAUCAGAGAAAAAGAGUUCUCAGAAAAAGCAGAAGCAUUUAGAAAAAAUUAGAGAGUUACCUGCAGUGGAAAAAACUCAAUCUAUUCCAACUCCAAUUCAAAAAAGUUCAAGACUUAGCAGUGAUGAGAAGAUGCGCAAGUCCGUAGACUCUGUAACAGAGGAGAAAGAAACCAGAAAAACAGAGGAGAAACCCAGGAAAAAGCAUGACACUGAAAAAGAAGUGAAAAAGGAGCAUAAGGUUCUGAAGACUGCAAUGCAGGAAAAGCAAAGUUCUUAUGAUCCAUUUAAAAUAAGUUCUGAAGAUAAAUAUGAAUACCCUGACAUUUCUAGAAAACGUGAAGAAAUGUCAUUUGACCAAAAGUCUAUGGAUGACUUCAAGUCUAAAGAGCAUAAACAACCAUACAAGGAGAGAAGAAACAUGAGAGAAGAUACUGAUCCAUGGUCUUUUACUGCUUCUGAAGGGGACCAGGAAGUCAUUGAUCCAGUGUGUCACAUGCAUGACAGCUCUGGUACUUUGGAAAGUAAAUCGCAAGUUGGUUUAGGAAUGGAUCUACAAUUGGAGUGGAUGACCUUGGAUGACUUCCAGAAACAUCUUGAUGGAGCAGAUGAAAUCCUUCCAACUGAAGCUGUAACCAACAAUGCAUUGAAAGAUGCUAUCAAGAAUGGAGAUUACCUGACUGUGAAGUUUGCACUAAAUUCAACAGAAGAGUAUAAUUUAGAUCAAGAGGAUUCCAGUGGAAUGACACUAAUGAUGAUGGCUGCAGCUGCAGGGCAAGAUGACCUUUUACGUCUUCUUAUUAAGAAGGGUGCUAAGAUCAAUGCCAGGCAGAAAAAUGGGACAACUGCUUUAAUCCAUGCAGCUGAGAAAAAUCACCUAACAACUGUAGCCCUUCUUUUGGAAGCUGGCGCUUAUGUGAAUGUGCAGCAAGCAAGUGGUGAGACUGCUCUCAUUAAGGCUUGUAAAAAAGGAAAUUGGGAAAUUGCACGUCUCUUGUUAGAACAUGGCGCUGACUGUAAUGUACUUUCAAAGCACCAGGGCAGCGCUGUACAGUUUGCUAAACAAAGCAAUAAUGUUGUCUUAUACGAAUCAGUUAAACGCCAUUUGGAAAUGCUUUCCAGAGUGGUUGAAGAUGCAAUAAGGGAUUAUUUCGAGACUAGGCUUGUGCUACUGGAACCAGUCUUCCCAAUUGCUUGUCACAGACUAUGUGAAGGACCAGAUUUUUCCUUGGAUUUUAAUUACAAGCCCCCAUAUAAUAUACCAGAAGGCUCAGGAAUUCUGUUGUUCGUGUUUCAUGCUAACUUUUUUGGUAAAGAAGUAGUUGUGAGGCUCUGUGGACCAUGCAGUGUACAGGCUGUUGUCUUAAAUGACAAAUUCCAACUCCCAGUGUUUUUGGAUUCUCAUUUUAUUUAUUCGUUUAGCCCAGUAGUUGGAGUUAAUAAGCUUUUUAUUAGAUUAUCAGAAGCAUCAUCAGCUAAGGUGAAGUUGUUAGUAUGUGCAUACAGAGUCCAGCUUCAAUAAAUUGUAGACUUUAAAAAAACAAACUUGUAUCAUGUUAUCUAUACUAGGUUUGUUGUCUUGUGUAUAUACUUUGUUAAAAUAAAAAAUGAAUUGUUCUCCCGUUUAUGGGAUUAUUUUUUUCUCUGUACAAUAGUUACCAUUCUGAAUCUAUGUAUGAGUAGCAAAGGUACCAUCACUAGAUUUAUUUACUAAAUCAAUAUUUAUGUAAUAUAAGAUUCACUGCUAAUGGCUGCCGUUUCAGAACAUUUUGUGAUGCAUAUUUUCAUAUUUUUUUCUCUACUAAUUUAUAUCACAAAGUGAGUUUAGUAGUUGAUAAUGUUACCUCUCCUGUACAUAAUGGAUAUUUUAAGAUUUUUAGAGCUACUGUUAUAUAUAUAUAUAUAUUUUAAUUUGUGUACAUAAAGUGAAAUGUUAUGAUGAUUCACUUGCCGUAUUGGCUGUGUACCCAAGAUGUGUUGAAGAUUGCCAAUAAAUAAACGAUAAAAUAUUUCCACAGUGUGGAAUAAUAAAUAACUAUUUAGUAGCA